CUAGUAAUUACCGAACCUGUAACUAUCAGAGGCGAUUAACAAAUAAACAGCAGUUUAAGUCUUAUUGUUUCUGAUAGUGGUUGGUGGAACCAACGUCAGAAUGAAUGCUACCGACACUAAAUAUACAUUAGUACCACAGGAUAAUGUCAGAGUGAGUGCGAACAAUAAAAAAAUCGAUGAAAAUAGUUUAGUGUUAGAGCAAAAAUCUUCAAAAAAUAAAAAAGUUUGUUUUUCAACUUUAGGUAGCAAAAUUGGAAAAAGAUACAUUCAAAUAAUAUGGCUGUCCACUAUUUUAAUUACUAUGUACCUCAUGAGGAUAAAUAUAUCAGUGACAAUAGUAGCAAUGACAGAUCCAAAUCCUAGUAAUAAAGAUGUUCCUGUAUAUAAAUGGCCCGACAAAAGCUUGAUCCUCUCAGGUUUCCUAUGGGGUUACUUCGUGCCACAGCCGUUUGCAGGUUGGGCAUCCACACGAUUUGGAGGCAAGUGGUUCCUUGUAGGAGCUUUGGUGGCCAGUUCCAUUUUGAACGCACUGGUACCCAUUUGCGCAGCUUAUUUUGGUUCUGUCGGAGUGUUGGUGGUUAGAAUUUUCCUUGGAAUCAGUCAGAGUCUUUUGUAUCCGACUUUAAAUAAUAUGUUGGGGAAAUGGGGUCCCGUACAAGAGAGGAGUCGUUUAGGAUGUUUAAUAUUUGCAGGUAGUUCUCUCGGCAUAGUACUAUCAAUGGUUAUCAGUGGAUACUUGUGUAGUACAAGGUACGGUUGGCCUAUAGUUUUUUACAUAUUUAGCGCAAUAGGGAUAAUCGUUGCUCUUUCUUAUUCUUAUAUUGGGUGCAAUUCACCUGCUCAACAUAGUACUAUCACGAAACUGGAUACACCAUGGAAGGACAUUUUCACGUCACCAUCAUUUUGGGCUCUUUUUAUUGCAGAGUGUGGAAACAAUUUUGGACAUUGGACUUUAUUGUCUCAAAUUCCAAGUUAUCUAAACCAUGUAAUGAAGUUUGACAUCAAAUCGUAUGGUGAAUUGUCAUCUCUGCCUUAUCUACUCCAAUGGAUUAUGGCCUAUGUAUACGGAUUUUUAGCAGAUUGGGUCAUAACUAAGAAGGUGACCUCUAUUACUUCUACGAGAAAAAUUAUGAAUGCAAUAGGUAACUAUAGGUAUUUAUUAUUAAAAUCAAUCAACCUUUUUUAUUUCAGAAAUAUAGCAGCAAUUUUUAUAAAGAUAGAAGAUGUUGACGAAUUAAUAUUUGAUAAUUCCCCGAGGGUAUAUAAUGAAUAUCUCAAAAGUUCACUAAAAUCUAAAACUUCCAUUGAUAAGAGUAAGAAAAUAAAUACUUAUAUAAAGAACAACUUGCAAAAAAAAAAUUGUAAAUACACUUCUUCGGAUACUGAUGAAUCCUGCGAAUUGCAAGAAGUGUAUGAAGAUGAUGCUACAUAUAAAGACAAGACCAUACAGAUUAAGAGCAAGUUAUUCGAAGAAAUAUAUCCAACAUCUAAAUCUAAACUGAGGUAG